CCUUUCCCAGGUGACGCACAUUUGAGCCGCCGUCGCUCGGCAACUCAGGUUCGAGUCCCCGCGUCGGCCGUCAUGGCGGACGCGGAGCCGGAGGCGGAGGAUGGCAGCGAGGAUGGCGGCGGCGGAGCCUUUGCCCAAGCUGGCCGUCUGCCUGGGACGCCUGCCUACCGUCUCUGCUCUCACAGCCCCGCUCUGCGCUCCUGCCAACUGGAAGCCAUUUAUGUGAAGGUAACAUCCAGAGACUUGAAAGGCCAGGAGAAGCCGAUGCCCACACUGGCCACCAUCCAGCCCCAGGCGGCUGGGCCAGGCCCACCUCCCCAAAGGCACUGCAGUGUGCUGGGACUCAGCAUCGCCAGCUCGCAGCUGCUCAGGGCAAAGCCCCUUCUGAGCACCGGGCCACAGCCGUGCUUCCUGAGUACCUCGCCUCAGCCUCCUGCUCAGGUGUUAGUACAGAGGCCACUGCCUGCCCUCCGACCAGUCUCUGUGAAGAGAGGCUUGGCUCCUGAGGCUCCAAGUGGGCAGGGAGCCACGUUGGCCCCUUCGUCGGCCUCCGACCAGCCAGCAGUGACAUCUGUUUCAUCCAGUUCAGCAAAUUUAUUUAUUUCCAACUCACAUGCAAAACACACUGAGAAACUAAAAAAAUCUUUAAAAGUAAAAACACGUUCUGGACGGAUAUCUCGACCUCCCAAGUAUAAAGCUAAAGAUUAUAAAUUCAUAAAAACAGAGGAUUUGGCCGACGGACACCCGUCAGAUUCUGACGAUUAUUCAGAACUGAGUGUGGAAGAAGAUGAGGACCAGAGGGGGAAGCAGGCGCUCUUUGACCUGUCGAGCUGCAUCCUGAGGCCCAAAACGUUUAAGUGUCAGACAUGUGAAAAGUCAUACAUAGGAAAGGGGGGUCUGGCCCGGCACUUUAAGCUUAAUCCAGGCCACAGCCAUGUGGAGCCUGAGAUGUCGCUGUCGGAGAAGGCCAACGGGAGCGUGAUCCAGGGCCCCACAGAGGGCAGGACUGUCAGCCUGGCAUCCCCGGAGCCACCCCCACCGGCUCUUCUAAGUGAGGAUGGGGCCCGGUCAGCAGGGGGUGGCCUGCAGAAUAGUCAGUCAGUACAAGGUGAUGAGGCGUUGGUGUCUGAACCAGAAAAUGGAAGUUGUUCAGCCCUUUCGGGAUCAGAGAGACACCCAGGACCUAGAAGUGUCUGCUCCACGGCCCCUGCAGAGCCCAGCACAGCCGUCCUGAAGCAGAGCGGACCGCACGUGGGUGCUGGCACGGCCAGGGCGCGGAGCCCGGCGAGGAGCAGAGCCCAGCUCCAGGAGUUUCUCCACCAGUGUGACCAGGAGGAUCUAGUGGAGUUGGCUCUGCCUCAGCUGGCUCAGGUCGUGACCGUGUAUGAAUUCCUUCUGAUGAAGGUUGAAAGAGGUCAUCUAGCAAAACCUUUCUUCCCAGCUGUAUACAAGGAAUUUGAAGAGUUGCACAACAUGGUUAAGAAAAUGUGUCAAGAUUACCUGCACAGUUCUGGUCCCUGUCUUCAGGAGCCCCUGGAAAUAAACAACAACAAGGUUGCUGAAUCCUUGGGAAUCACGGAAGAAUUCCUGAGGAAAAGAGAAACACGCACAGAUUGCGUUCCACCCAAGUGCGCCAGCCGAGAGAUGGACAGGGAGGGGCCGGGAGAAGCCGGCCGACGGAAGAGGGGCAACCAGACCACAGAAGAGGGGCUGGCUUCAGUGAAAAGGACCAGGAGAGAAACUCUGCCCCAGGAUACUGAGCCUUCUGCCAACAUCGGAGGCCAGCAGAGGCCGGCCCUGUGGGUCCCAGCUGCCAGUGAGGGUAAAACGCUCUUUGUGGUGUGCACCCCAGGGCUCGGGCCUGCUUCUCAGGGGUGGGUGCCCCUGCGGCCACAUGUCAGAGAAUCUUCUCUUUCUCAAGAGUUUUACCUCCACCUCCCACUAUUCUGUCAUUCCAUGUUCAUUCCCUCUGGGCCUGCUGACCAUGCCUGUGGCUCUGUGUCCGAGCCCGGGCCUCAGCUAUGUCCGGAAGGGGGUCUUGGAGGCCACGUGGGGGACUUGGACCAGUUGCCCUGUGGGACUGAGACACACACUGACCAGGCGGAGCUGGAGCACGUUGCAGCCGUCGGGGAAGCUGUGGCUUUUGAAGUUACCAACGGGUGCCAUGAGUUGCCUCAGGGACAGGAGCGGAUAUUUAUUCAGACUCCUGACGGACUUAUCUUGCCCCACCCAGGCCCCGUAGUGCCUGUGGAGGGGGACACUGUCAUAGUGGCCAACGCAGAGGGGCCUGCCCUGCAGACCGGCCGCCUGGAAGGGGUUCCUCCAGAUUCUGGGGAGGCAAGCCUUCACAGUGAAGUUGGGUCAGUCCUGCAGUCCUAGAGUUGUAUGUAUUUUAUCCAGAGAAGGUCUAUUUCAAGUAAUGUAUAUUUUUCUAAUGUGAAUACUGAUGCAAAUGAAUCUUUUAUUUAUAAAGAAAUGUCUUUCCAUCCCGCUGCCGACCCUUUGCUACAUCUUGCUCAUUGUGAUGAUGGCAGAUGUGCUACCUGAUCGUGAAUUCCCCUGACACAUCUCACUCUUAGGAGCCUCUGACGCCACUGUAGUUAAUACCGCUGCACUAUUACCUGACUGUCCCCCUGCUCUCCAGUCCCCCAAAACUAUGUCCCCUUUCCCCUUGGUGGUAUAUUGGCUUCUCACCAGACUUGGUCCAUACUACAAGCUGCUUCUGGGUUCAAUAAAAAGUCAAUAAGUAA